AUGGAUAUGAAUGGAAAAGUUUACGGACCAUGUCUGAGUAGCUUCGUAGACGAAGGUAGCAAAGAGAGUCACAGAUACUACCUCGCACGAAGGGCUCUGCUCGAAAUGCUCAGAGACCGAGGCUACGCUGUGUCCUCCUCCGAUAUCGAUCUCUCUCUUCAGGACUUUCGCUCCAUUCACGGCCAAAACCCCGACGCCGAUCGCCUUCGGAUCUUCGCCUCUCUCCGCUCCGACCCCGCCAACAAGAAAAGGUUCUUAUCAUUUUUCUGUGAAUCAACUGCGGUAAAAGUUAAUACCAUUCGCAGCAUUGCAGCUCAGAUAAUGAACAGAGAAACUGUGACUCGGCUGAUUUUAGUAGUGCAAAAUCAAAUGACAAAUCAAGCUCAGAAGGCUGUGGAUCUUUUCUCCUUCAAAGUUGAAAUAUUCCAAAGUAUCGUGUCGUAUUUUAAUGCUUGA